UAAAUAGCCACCGUGUCCUCCAGAUUCAAACACAAACACACAACACAACAAUGGAUUACAUCGACAACACCGUCGAAACUCAAUCAAAGUACAAAGGCAUCCGUCGCCGGAAAUGGGGGAAAUGGGUAUCGGAGAUUCGAGUUCCGGGAACUCGCGACCGUCUCUGGUUAGGCUCAUUCUCCACGGCGGAAGGCGCAGCCGUGGCGCACGACGUGGCUUUCUACUGUUUACACCAACCAAACUCGCUCGAAUCUCUCAACUUCCCUCACUUGCUUCCUCCUUCCAUAGUUUCCAAGACUUCGCCGAGGUCUAUCCAGCAAGCUGCUUCUAAUGCCGGAAUGGCCGUUGACGCCGGAAUCGUUAACAGCUGUGAUCACGCGUCCGGGAACUCUGGGAAUGGAGAUACAACGACGGCGUAUUGUGAGAAUGGAGAUACAGCUACUCAAAAGAAACAGUGAUGGAGCCUGGUGUGUAAGCAAACAAAGCGUUGUAAAUAUAAUUAUACGUUUAUGUUUCGCUGUUGGCCCAAUUCAAGAAACUUUUGUUGUACGAUUAUAUAUAUUUUUAUUUUGAAUGCCUUCAAGAGGAUUAUAAUGCGAGUGAACCUUUGUUUCA